AUGUCAACUAGUGGGAGCCCCACUGACUGGAAGAAUACACGCCCUCGCAGAAACGGAAAGCUCGGGAAACGUGAAGACCGGUAUCAUGCUACUAGGAAAAAACUACUCGGUACAGAUCCGAAGAAAUUAUCUCCGCACGGAGGUUCGAUACCAGCAUAUGACGACAAACAACAACAGUACUGUGGCAAGACAACCUACAAGAAGAAUGUACUUGACUCCGAAGUUGUACCACCAUGUCUAACAGAUCAUACAUCGAAGAAGCACAAAUUGUAUGAAGAAGUCACUUUACCCACUGCACGAGGUCAGAAAGCUGCUCAGCCUAAUAUUGGGAUACAUGUUGGCCUUAUGAAUACAUCAGUUGGAAUUACAGGAUUUCGCGAUUCCUUAUCCGCAGCUGGUAUCCCUGUUGGAAGCAAGCGUGGAAUGCAGAAUUCAGCCAAUUAUGUUGGAUCCAAAACAGUGUACAUAAACAGACAGGAUAUGAAAGAAAGACGGUCUAAUUUGGUUCGACUAAACAAACUAAAAGGUUUUACCAGUGAUCACAAGAUAAGUGUUGAGGGAGACUGCCGUUACAACAACAGACUUUUCGGUGGGAACUCGAGCACACCCCUCCAGCCUGCAACUCAAGCGGUCUACACCAUUGCUGAGAACGAAACACCUAAAAAGGAAAUUAUUGGGAUAUACACUGCAAACAAACUUUGCAAAAAAGCCGAAAUCCUCAGAUCUAAGGGAGAGAAAAUUACAUGUCCAGAUCACGGUGGAAAAUGUACAGCCAAUUUGAAGACAACAGAUUCCAUCGGCAAUGAGGGCUUAUAUGCAGAAAAAUGCGUGAAAGAAUUUCAAGUGGACGAAGACAAACUCAAUAUUGGUUAUUUCACGACUGAUGGCGAUUCACAUGCUACUGACGGUGCUACCCGGGCGCAGACAGGUUCCAUUGAAAAUUUACGUGACACUAGACAUUUUUCUAAAAGUCAGCAAAAGGCGAUUGAAAAAGUUUCAUUUAGCUUAACCAUGUUUCCGGGGAAAAAUAAAUCAGACCGACAGAAAGUACAGCGACGUUUUGCCAUCGACAUCAAGCAACGUUGUCACCUCGAACUUGACAUCGCCCACCGUCAACUUGCAGGAGAUAUCACUAAAAUAGUUAGAAAAAUGACGUACACCAUCGAUUCCAUCGUGGCCUGUGUGAGUGGCAACUGUUCAACACUGUGUCAAAGGCAUUCAUUUGUGUGUUCGGGCAGGCGGAUCAAGGCAUGGAAACCUGCCUAUUUACCUGCAGAUUCAGUUCUGAAAAUGAAAGAAGGCGAUAAAGAAUUGUUAAGAAAAUGCCUAGAACUUCGACUCGGCAAAACUGCACUUCUUAAAACAAAACUCAAUACAAACACUCAAAAAGUAGAAAGUGUCAACCGGGCUUAUACUAGAACAAAUCCAAAACAAGUGACAUUCUAUCGCAACUUUGAAGCAAGAAUACACAGUGCAGCCCACAUGCUCAACAAAGGAAUUCUAAAGUCUACUGUUACAAGAUGUCAACUAGUGGGAGCCCCACUGACUGGAAGAAUACACGCCCUCGCAGAACUGAAAGCUCGGGAAUGUGAAGACCGGUAUCAUGCUACUAGGAAAAAAACUACUCGGUACAGAUCCCGAAGAAAUUAUCUCCGCAAG